AUGGAUCUUGUAGGAGGUUACUAUGAUGCCGGUGACAAUGUGAAGUUCAACUUUCCCAUGGCAUUCACUACAACAAUGUUGUCGUGGAGCGUUCUAGAGUUUGGACAAUCAAUGGGCUCGGAGCUUCCAUUUGCUUUGGAAGCUAUAAGAUGGGGGACAGAUUAUUUGCUUAAAUCCACAAAGGUACCUGAUUCUGUUGUUGGCGUUGUUGGUGACCCCAAUAGCGACCACACUUGUUGGGAAAGACCUGAAGACAUGGACACCCCUCGAACCUCUUAUGUAGUAACUAAAGAAAAGCCAGGCUCAGAGGUUUCAGCUGAGAUUGCAGCUGCACUCGCAGCUUCUUCCAUGGUGUUUAAAGAUUCGGACAGAUUCUACUCGGCUUUGCUUCUUAACCGGUCUAUUCAGGUGUUUGAAUUCGCGGAUAGGUAUAGGGGGUCUUACAAUGACAGUAUUGGUGAAGGAGCAUGCCCAUUUUACUGCGACUUCAGUGGCUACAUGGAUGAACUGCUCUGGGGAGCUGCGUGGCUAUACAAGGUAACCAAGGCACCAUAUUACUGGGACUAUGUCCUAGCUAACAUACACUACUUGGAGUCCACUGUAAUAAGAAAGGUUAAUGGCGGUCCGUACUUAACUGGUUCUGUCACUGAAUUUGGAUGGGAUUCAAAACAUUCUGGCAUCAACAUACUUGUUUCUCAGUGGGCCAUGACUGAUCCCACCAUUUCUAGUCCCUUUAUUCCCAAGGCGGACGAGUUAGUAUGCUCUAUAUUGCCUGAAUCACCUGCUCCAAAAUCAGUCACAUUUUCACCAGGUGGGCUAUUGUUCAAACCUGGAGGAAGUAACCUGCAACAUUCAACAUCCUUAUCAUUUCUUCUUUUAGUUUAUGCUGGCUACAUGAAAGCUGCCAACAAAGUUAUGAACUGUGGCAACAAUGUUAUUAUCACUCCAGAUAGGCUGGUGAAUUUCACCAAAGGACAGGUUGAUUAUAUACUAGGAAGCAACCCAUUGGAGAUGUCAUACAUGGUUGGAUUUGGGCAAAAGUUCCCUCAGAAAAUACAUCACCGGGGAUCAGUGAUACCUUCCAUGGAUAAGCACCCACAACAUAUGGAGUGCCAUGAAGGAGACUUGUAUUAAAGCGCCGAUCCAAACCCUAAUUUAUUAAUAGGAGCAGUUGUGGGAGGGCCUGCUGAGAAUGAUACAUUUCAAGACUCUCGAUAUAAUGUUCCACAAUCGGAGCCAACCACAUAUAUCAAUGCACCUUUUGUGGGUGUAUUGGCUUACUUCAAAGUUUGAGCUGUCCUAAUUUUGUGUAGGACAAUUUGGAGGAAGUGACUAUUAGCCAUCCUA